GAAAAACACAGGAUUAGUUUCAGUGUCAGAGGAGCGAAAAGGAAGCAGACUGAUGGCAUCGACACAAACCCUGCAGCCUCACUGACUGUCGGUCUUAUAUACAAAUGGAGGAAAGGACGGUCACCAGAUAAUCAGAGCUGCAGCCUCCAAGUUACUAAAGAAGCCAAAGUCAUAAAAGACGGGAAAUUACUGAAUGAAGAAUGAGAAACUUGAGUGACGACGUCGUUAUAGAGGACUGAGCCACACUGACGUCUCUCACCUUUUUUUUACGUUUUGCCUCCACUCGUUCGCUCUGCUCCUCUUUUCCGCCCCUCGUACCUUUGUCUAUCGGCUCUGCUGUCAAGCCCAGGCAGAGUGGACCCGUCCCUCUCCCCAGGCCUCGUGCCCUUCCAUCGGCGGCCCGCUCCGGCGGUGUGUGUUGGUGUACGAUGGCGCGGCGGGACGCUGAGGACUGCCGCGGGGGACUGUGAUGUCAGAGCCCAACAGCCCGGGCGAGAGCCGGCGUGGCGCUCCCAGAUUCUUCGUGGGCUGCGAGGACGAUGAGAGCGAGGUCCUGGAGGAUAGCAUGAGGACAGACAUGGAGCUGUAUGAGGACGACGAAGACACAGACUCGCCCCCGGAGCAACAGAUCGUGGUGGGGAUCUGCUGCAUGAUGAAGAAGUCCAAGUCCAAGCCGAUGACCCAGAUCCUGGAAAGGCUGUGCAGGUUCGAGUACAUCACCGUGGUCAUCUUCCCAGAGGACGUCAUCCUCAACGAGCCCGUGGACAAAUGGCCUCUGUGCGACUGCCUCAUCUCCUUCCACUCCAAGGGAUUCCCGCUGGAUAAGGCAGUGAGCUACGCCAAACUGAGAAACCCUCUGCUCAUCAAUGACCUGAACAUGCAGUACUACAUACAGGACAGGAGAGAGGUGUACCGCAUCCUGCAGGAGGAAGGGAUCGAUCUACCACGCUAUGCUGUGCUGAACCGUGACCCAGAUAAACCAGAUGAGUGCAACCUGGUGGAAGGAGAGGACCACGUGGAGGUGAACGGAGAAAUAUUCCAGAAGCCUUUCGUUGAGAAGCCCGUCUGUGCCGAGGACCACAACGUCUACAUCUACUACCCCACCUCUGCUGGUGGUGGCAGCCAGCGCCUCUUCAGAAAGAUCGGGAGCCGCAGCAGUGUGUACUCACCAGAGAGCAACGUGAGGAAGACCGGCUCUUACAUCUAUGAAGAGUUCAUGCCAACCGACGGCACCGAUGUGAAGGUGUACACAGUGGGGCCGGACUACGCUCACGCCGAGGCCCGAAAGUCGCCCGCUUUGGACGGAAAGGUGGAGAGAGACAGCGAGGGCAAAGAGGUCCGUUACCCGGUCAUGCUCUCCGCCAUGGAGAAGCUGGUGGCCCGUAAAGUCUGCUUAGCUUUCAAGCAAACGGUUUGCGGCUUCGACCUUCUCCGAGCCAACGGACACUCUUACGUGUGCGACGUCAACGGCUUUAGUUUUGUGAAGAACUCAAUGAAGUACUACGACGACUGUGCCAAGAUCCUCGGGAACAUCGUGAUGCGCGAGCUGGCUCCUCAGUUUCAGAUUCCUUGGUCCAUCCCCACUGAGGCAGAAGAUAUUCCCAUUGUUCCCACCACAUCAGGGACCAUGAUGGAGCUACGCUGCGUCAUCGCCGUCAUCCGACACGGAGACAGAACGCCCAAACAGAAGAUGAAGAUGGAAGUUCGCAACCCCUUGUUCUUUGAUCUAUUUGAAAAAUACGGAGGGUACAAAACUGGAAAAUUAAAGCUGAAGAAGCCAAAACAACUGCAGGAGGUGCUGGACAUCACACGGCAGUUGUUAGCAGAACUGGGACAACACAACGACUGUGAGAUAGAGGAGAAGAAAUCCAAACUGGAGCAGCUGAAGACUGUCCUGGAAAUGUACGGCCACUUCUCGGGGAUCAACAGAAAAGUGCAACUAACCUACCUGCCCCAUGGGCAGCCCAAAACCUCCAGUGAGGAAGAAGACACACGUAAAGAAGGUCCGUCUCUGCUCCUGGUGCUGAAGUGGGGAGGAGAGCUGACUCCUGCUGGCAGAGUGCAGGCUGAGGAGCUCGGAACGUUUCGCUGCAUGUACCCCGGAGGGCAAGGAGACUAUGCUGGAUUUCCAGGCUGCGGGUUGCUACGGUUACACAGCACCUACAGACAUGACCUGAAGAUCUACGCGUCCGACGAAGGCCGCGUGCAGAUGACGGCCGCCGCUUUCGCAAAGGGGCUGCUGGCUCUGGAGGGUGAGCUGACCCCCAUCCUGGUGCAGAUGGUGAAGAGCGCCAACAUGAACGGGCUGCUGGACAACGACAGCGACUCCCUGAGCAGCUGCCAGCACCGAGUCAAAGCGCGACUCCACGAGAUCCUGCAGAAGGACCGAGACUUCACCGACGAAGACUACGACAGGCUCGCCCCGACCUGUAGCGCCUCUUUGGUGAAUUCGAUGAAGAUAGUCCAGAACCCCGUCGCCACGUGUGACCAGGUCUACGCCCUCAUUCAGAGUCUCACCUCCCAGAUCCGCAAAAGAAUGGAGGAUCCCAAGUCAGCCGACCUGCAGCUGUACCACAGUGAGACUCUGGAGCUGAUGCUGCAGCGUUGGUCCAAACUGGAGAGAGACUUCCGCAUGAAGAACGGACGCUACGACAUCAGCAAGGUACCCGACAUUUACGACUGCGUGAAGUACGACGUCAUCCACAACGCUACUCUGGGCCUGGAGGACACGCUGGAGCUGUUCAAGAUGUCUCACGCGCUGGCGGACAUCGUCAUCCCACAGGAAUACGGCAUAAAUAAAAUAGAAAAAUUGGACAUAGCGUACGCCUACUGCCUCCCGCUGGUCAGAAAGAUCCAGCUGGACCUGCAGAGAACCCACGAGGACGAGUCCGUCAACAAACUACACCCGCUGUAUUCUCGUGGAGUGAUGUCUCCCGGCCGUCACGUCAGGACACGUUUAUAUUUCACCAGCGAGAGUCACGUUCACUCUCUGCUCAGCAUUUUCCGCUACGGAGGCUUGCUCGACGAGGAGAAAGACCAGCAGUGGAAGCGAGCCAUGGAUUACCUCAGCGCUGUCUCUGAACUCAACUACAUGACUCAGAUCGUCAUCAUGCUGUACGAGGACAACAAUAAGGAUCUCACCUCAGAGGAACGCUUCCACGUGGAGCUUCACUUCAGUCCGGGGGUCAAAGGCGUCGAAGAAGAGGAGAACGCACCGACCGGCUUCGGCUUCAGGCCCGCAUCUGCAGAGGUAGCACGACAGAACGGGCAGAAACAAACCGACCCCGGCAGCCUGGAGGACCUCACACGGGACGAGACGGACCGAGCCGUGCCGCUGUCUGAGCCAAUCACCAUCCAGAGGAGAUCUCCACUCAUACGCAACCAUAAGACUGGAUCCAUGGAGGUCCUCUCGGAGACGUCGUCCUCCAAAGUGGGCAGCUAUCGCCUGUUCUCCUUCUGCUCGCGUCAGUCCCCCGAGAUGAAACAAAGCGGAUUAGGCUCUCAGUGCGCCGGGCUCUUCAGCACCACUGUCCUAGGUGGGUCCUCUAGCGCCCCUAAUCUGCAGGACUACGCACGCGCACACCGCAAAAAAUUCUCCAGCGGCAGUCUGUCCUACAAAGACGAGUUGUUGUCUAUGCCGGCAGUAAAACGAUUUUCUGUGUCGUUUGCAAAGCAUCCGACUAAUGGCUUCGAAGGCUGCUCCAUGGUGCCGUCCAUCUAUCCUCUGGAGACGCUGCACAACUCGCUGUCGCUCAAACAGGUCAACGAGUUCCUCACCGCUGUGUGUGAGAGCGCCGGGGAUCCGCACACCAGGACGACCCGAGCUCUGUCGGCCAUGUUUGACACUCACAACCAGCCUUCAGUGGACUCGUACAUCCCUCAGAGAGUCCUCUCCUCCUCCUCCAUCUCUCUCAGAUCUCGCUCUGACAGACCUCCUUGGUACAGCAGCGGUCCUUCCAGCACCGUCUCCAGCGCCGGGCCGUCUUCUCCCACCACGGCCGACACUUCGCCGCGCUUCAGCUUCAGCGACAAGAUCUCCCUCACGCCUCAGAGCAGCGAGGAAACCCACUCCUCUCAAAACAUUUCCUCUCAGCCGACGAUGACGACGGCGGCCGGCUCGCAAGCCGUCGACGCAGGUUCGAACCCCUCCGAGCUUCCUCUGACGCCAAAUAACUCUCCGGAGGACGAGGACGAGCGACAAGCGGAGAAUCCAGAUGAGGACGAGCUGGAGCUGGAGCUGGAGGAGGCGGAGGCGGCUGCGGAUCCUUCAGGCGACGAUAUCCUCGACCCCGGUUUGAGACCUCCGUGCUCCGCCUUAGGUGAGCUCAGCCUGAGUCGGAUGGAGGGUUACUGCCUCCCCGGCUCGCUGCCCGUGCUGCUGGAGCUCAGGGAGAGCAGCAGCGAGGCGGGCUCCAGCUCCCAGACGCCACAAUCCCCCGAGGGGCCCGACGAGUUUUUCGACACGCAGGAGUCCAUGGAGUUGUGGAUGGACAGUCCGGAGACACCGCCGCCGGAGACGACGACGCUGGAGCUCGGAGCGACUCAUCAUCAUCAUCAUCAUCAUCACACCGCCGAGCCGUAGACGACGUUGGAGACAGUCGGGGAGGGGGGGGACUAAAACUAAAACCAGUGACGCCCCCCUCUUCCAUCUCCGCUCUCAGCUUCAUGACUGCACGUAGAGUAAUUAUGAAAGGGCAGCUCGGCUCUGUGUGGGAGAAUCAUUCAUACAUACAUACAUACUGUUAAAUGCCUUUUUUUGGGGGGGUUUUUGUGUGUGUGACACGCCGGUGACACCUCUGAGCCUCCUCUGACAGUCCACUGGUUCAGCUCAUCGUUGUAAGGUGAAGCUUUUUAUUAUCGUCGAGUUUAAAUUUAAAUUUAAAUUAAAAUUAAAAAAACAGCUCUCUCUUGUUACUGUCGCUUCAUCGCUGUUACACAACCUCCUUUUUUUUUUUUUUUAAAAAGCUGCUUUUUUUUUUGUGGGGUUUUUUCUCCCCUCCUCCUCCACGUCGACUCGAUCCUGACGUACGAUUAAAAAAAAAAAAAAAAGUGUAAAAUGACGUCUGUGUGUGUGUGUGUGUGUGUGUUAACGAAUCAAAUGUCUAGUUACACAUCCAGUAAAACACACAGAGCAACGUUAUCAUCCCUGUCUGAGUGUCCGUCUGGUAAAUGUUAGACCAAUAUUUAGUGUUUUGGUCUCUAAUGUUCGUCUUUAGCUGGUAAAUGUUCCACUUCCUCUUUGAUGCACACACAGGUGGGUUUAUAUAGAAGCAGUGACAAUUCACUUUUAUAGUAAAUGUGCUGCAAAAACACAAAAAACACAAAAACAAUGAGCUACAAGAGGCUUUAAAAAAAAAAAUAAUAAUGAUAAGGUGAUUAUUUCCUGGUGGUGGUAAAUCUUUAAUAUAUUUCAUGCUUUUCGAAUCAUUCAUUUUUCGUUACCAUAGCGAUUCUGAUUAAUGAAGCUUUAAAAAAAAAAAUCGUGUUUAUAUCUGCUUUAUUUUACAGGUUAACGGAGCAAUUUGCAGGUAUUUAAUGAUGAAUUUAAAGAUAUUUUACAGAGGAUGAUGCAAUGUGGUACAAAUUAUAAUAAAAAAAACCUGAAACUGUUGCAUCAGUUUAAUUGGUAAGUUUCCAUUUAGUAUAUUUGGGGUGUUAAUUAAUAAAUUAUAGUCUUAACAACUCAGAAAAUGCUCAGAUAUCAGUGUGUAGUUGUAGUUUUGUGUGUCAAAUUAUAUAUAUUAACAUUAAUUUUAAAGUUAUGUGAUUUGGUAUUAAAACAGGAAAUGUGCUCAUUAGAGAUUUUAUGAAACAUUAAACUCUAAUAUAUUUAUUUAACACACAAAAAUACACUGAAAACAUUUUUUUAUCAGUUAAAUAAAUGGUUUGGAGUCUUAAUUUAUGAAGACUUUUUUGCAUAUUAACAUUAGCACUUACCACUUAAACCAACUUUUAUCAUUUAUACCACAUUGCACCAGUUUUAUUAUGUUAAAAUCUGUUAUUAGAGAUUUUAAUAAACAUGAUACUGUUUAAUAUAUUUGUUUAAAACACAAAACCACACCAUGAAAACUAUUUUGUGUUAGUUGAAUAAAUAUUUAAGCUUUUUUUUAUGUAAAAUGUCCUAAAAAAUUAACGGUUACACAUCUGCAAAUUACUCCAAAAACUAGUAUAAACAUCUGUAAUUACCUGUAAAAUAAAGCGUCACAUAAUCUGCCUCUAAAAUGAAGUUUUAGCUUCUUUUUUUUUUUUUUUUUAACCAUCAUCUGUUUCUUUUGCAUAUCAUCCAUCCAUCAUAAUCAGGUGACAGGUAGUCAUGGUGAUCAGGUAGCAGCCGGGUUUAAUCAUCGCUGUGAGAGCACAAGCUUCUUUUUGUUUGUUUUUGUUACAGGAUUCAGUGACGUUAAGACUCGCUGCUCUUUUUUUUUUUUUUUAGGAGAAACAGGAAACGAGUGAAGGCCUGAGAGAAAGAAAGAAAGAGAGAGAGAGGAAAAAAAGACAAUCAGUGGCUCUUCUUGCUCUCCAUCACACGCCAGCGUCCGUCCUGCGUUACAUGUUUGUGCUGCCGAAUCCCAAAUGUUUAAAUCUUGCAGGUGAAACCUUCGUUCGUGUGUGUGUGUGUGUGUGUGUGUGUGUGUGUGUGUGUUCACUGCUUUACUGCCAAAGUCCUUUAAAGCCUCGUUAAAGAUUUAAUAUAAUCAGUAGGUAAAAAUGAUAGAAAGAAAAGAAAAAUAAAGAAAUAAAGAGAAAGAGAUGAAAAUUAUUUAUUUUCAAAUUUGCAUAUUAAAAAAAAAACAAAAGUCAGGUAUUUUUAGUACCAACACAUCAGAUAUUUAAUUGUACCAUAGUUCAUGUAUUUUUCUUUUCUUUUUUUGUAAAAUCACCUCAUUAUGUUGGGAGAGAAACAAAUAAUCUAAAAAAAUAAAUAAAAAAAGCUUAUCUCAUUUUAUCACUGAACAAACAAAGAGAGGCAUUUUACAUUCAAUGUGCUUUUAUGGUGGUGAGCAGUUAUGUAGCAGGUGUGUGUGUGUGUGGAAGGAGACGGAGGGGUGAAGGGGGGGUGAGAGAGAGGGUCGGGGUCAGGGGGGGGGGGGGGGGGCGUCACACACAUGCUUGAGAAGCUAUUCAGGUAGAUGAUGUACGCUGAUGUGCAGCCGUUUGUUUCAUCAGCCAGAUUUCAUGAUUUUAAUGAUUUCAUGAUUUCAUUGCGACGUACUGUAGAGGUGAAACUCUGAACCGCCAUCCUGUCCGUCUGUGUGUGUGUACAGAUUAAAAGAGAAACUGAUAUUA